AUGCCAUCCCAAUACUCGAUCACCGAGCCUCACCCACACACAGGCAAAUACGUCCACUCCGGCCGUGGCGGUGCAGGAAACACCUUCAAAGCCCCUAAGACCAGCAGCGGUACCUCUGCACGCGGUCCAGCCUCUCUUCUCGAGACCGGACUCCCAAAGUCGACCUCCAGGUUCUCCAGCGGACGUGGUGGGGCAGGAAACAUUCACGAGCCCAGCGAGCGAGCAAUCUUCUCCUUCGAUGAAGAGCUAGAGCGUCAAUCUACCCGAGAGAGGAGAUUGAAGGAGUCAGGCGUAUGGCACGUUGGCCGAGGGGGAGCAGGCAACUAUGCUGUCGCUCGUGCCGGCUCCGGACGCAAGGACUCGACCUCCUCAGCGGGCAGCGAUGCCAGCUCCAGAAGUGGAUUCUUUGGUCGUUUGAGCCACACUUUUGAGCGCCAGCAUUAA